AUGCAUCGCGCCGGUUCGAUUCCACCGGAGCUGUCCGAGAAACUGAAUAACACGGACCCUGAGGUGGCCGCCGCAAAGGCGAUCCUCCAGCGUCGCUACUUACAGGAGGAGGCAUGCGAUAGACCGCCAGUUCCCGCCAGCUCGGCGAUGCCCACGGUGGUUGACACGGGCACCCCGCACGGAAACUUCAUGCAGUCUGCCUCCUUACAGACAUUCUGGAGCUUCUACAGGCACAAGGCGACCGAAGAAACACGCCGUGGAUCACUCCACGGGAGCAUGACGGCCUGUCUGGUUUACGUCGUGGCUUCCAUCCUGACGCUGGCCGUGACCACGGUUCUCCUACUCCGCUACCUGUCGCCCAAGAAAGACGACCUGCUCAUCCACGGCCCGUUUGGCACCGUGCUUGGCUCUGUCAUGAGCUGCAGGGGACGCCUAGUGUACGCCUUUCGUGGCGUGCCAUUCGCCCAGCCGCCAGUGGGUGACCUACGCUUCCGCGAGGCCGUCGCAGCUACCGACGGCGGUGCCCAUUCCCUCUACGAUGGCACUCGCCCACCAGCGCCUUGCCUCCAGGGCAACAAGACAAUAAGGCCUCGCACCGGCGGCGAAAGGGAAAAGGUCGAUUCGGAUCCGCAUCAGGGACGCGAGGACUGUCUCACGCUGAGCAUCUGGAAGCCGCCAGGUGGCUGCGAAGCCGGCCCGCGAGCGGUGCUCUUCGUGGUGCACGGUCACUUCUUCCAGAUGUCGCACGCCGAAAACGAAGGCCGUUGCCUCGCUGCGCUCGGAGACGUCGUGGUCGUGGCGCCGCACUACCGGCUCGGAGCCAUGGGAUUCCUCAACGCACCGCCCGAAGCGCCGGGCAACGUGGGCCUCUCGGACCUCGUCGUAGCGCUGAAUUGGACUAGAACAUACGCGCCUUAUUUCUGCGGCGAUGCGGCGAACAUAGUCGCUUUGGGUCAUAACGCCGGGGCGUCUGCGGUCGGCUACCUGCUGCACAACCAGGAAGUCUUUAGCGUCAGCAGGGCCAUUCUCAUCAACGAGACACCAUUCACGAGGUACUUCGACAACACCAUCAACGCCAAGGCUAAUCUGGCGACCUUGGCUGAACGGCUAAGCUGCGACUCCAACAAAACGCGUUCUGUUUUGGACUGCAUACGGAACGCCAGUGCAGCGCAAGUCGUGCAAAGUGGUGCACGUGGAAGGCCGAUCUUCUUUCCAUCCUACAACCAAACUCUGAUGCGUUUUCCGCCCUACGACCGCAAGGACAUAACCAGCCCCAACCGCAUCGACCUGCUUGUCGGCCACACGGAUGGCGACCUCUACAACCUCGCAGACACGCUGAGGCCUGACUUUGCGCAAACAGAGCAACUGCACUUGUCCACGGCUUUCCUCACCCUUCUGGGCGUAGAAUCACCGACGGAGAUAAUCCGCUACUACCAAAAGGCGGCGCAGACGGGGUUGACACGCCCAGCUGUCGAUGAGGACGAUGCAGACACCAUAAUGCUGAGUGACGUGCUCCACGCGUGUCCCGCGCGCUUCUACGGCCAGUUCCUGUCCCAGAAAUUCAACCGUGUCAGCAGCUUCGUGCUGCCCCGUCCCGAGCGAUCGGCAAAGGCCGUUGCGGCAGCCACGGACCUCGAACGAUGGCGGGAACUGGACGAAGACUUACGGCGGGCUCUGGGAACGUUUCUUCCCGAUGAACCAUCCGACUCGGACGUCAGCGACAAGUUCAAGCUUAGCGCCACCCUCAUCUAUAUAUGGGCGUCAUUCGCCACCACCGGCCGCCUCCCAACCGUGAACAACGCUCCGUGGCCUCGCGUCACCGGCUACGCGUUUCCCGUGGUGCACAUCAGGCCGAAUGGACUGACGCUCUUCGGCGACAGCAGCCGAGAAGAACGCUGCAAGUUCCUCGAGCCUAGACUGUUGCUCUAG